AUCAGGCCCUGGCUCUUACGGUUCAGAAGGGACUCCAUCGUCCACAGCUCGUCUGAUACGACCUUGAUUGUUCACCAUCUCUACGUCUAGUCUGCGCAGCGUCGACGCGAAGAGGAACGAUACCAUCUCUGAUGAAGGGCAGCAUCAAGCUGGUGGUAGCCAUCGCGUACGCGCCUCCUCGGGCGCAGGUGCUCACGGCGCUGCACAAGGACGGCAAGCAGAGAAACUUGCAUCAAGCAUUGCGCUCAGACUUUCGGGCACUGGGAGGGAUCCCACUUCCCAAGGCGAAGUCGAUCGCGUUUGGGUUGCGCGACGAAAUCGGGUUCAUCACAUGUUCUUGGGCGUAUAGCAAACAAACGGCGGACAAUAUCUGUUUCAAGAUCGUCGAGGCCAAACAGGACGUGAUGGUUGAUCUGUGCAUAGUGACUAUCGCUUAUCGCCUAGUGGUCAGCGGCAAGGUGGAGAUGCCUGAAAGCGCGUUCGGCACUCAUGGCCAAACGAUCAAUUCCCGCCUCCCUUACCGCGUCGACCUCACAGGUCUGACAGAAAUGAUGGAGAUUGCGCCGCCAGCUGUCACUUAUACCAUCACCACGCGUUCGCCCACCACUAGUCGUUCUAAGGUCGAAAUCCAAGCCCCAACGCCCACGAAAUCGGCGUUCUCUGCGGAACGCACGAGCCUCCCUACAGCACCUUCAACGGCAGCAACGGUUGCAGAGUCGGAAUAUCGUGAACCCCUAGGAACGCUCAGAGAACGACCCAUCAUCGUAGAGGACGAAACUCCAACAUUUACCACACGGUAUACGCCCCUCGCGACACUCUCGUCUAGCAAAGUCGCAACAGGAGCUAACUCAAUCCUACCGAACAAGGGCAAUGUCAAAGGGCACCGGAGCGAGCCCGUACCUUCAGUCCAUCCAUUACCACCGAAACCGAUGCCGAGGAGUGAUAGCCCUUUACCCGACAUCGCGACGGGAGAUCUCGUCAACAUAUUCCAUCACGUCCCUCCGCGACAUGCCUCAUGCGUUGGACGGCCCCAAGCGCAGGCAAUCCCGGCUUCUGUUAAUGGCGAGCCAAACGGCACUAGAGCUCACGACGCUCUUAUCCCUGGUAGUCAUCAUGUGACUACGCGUUCUCCGGACGAUUCCGACCCAUCCGGACGCCCGACGAAGCGGCGCCGGAUCUUUACCGAUGACCCUCCCCGGGCAGAUCCAUCCGACGGAACCAGGGAUUUCGCCAUGGUUCCUCCAUUGACAAAGAAGCAAAAGCGGCGCCAGCAGAAGCAACUUCUGACGCAGCUGAACGCCCAUCCCGUUAUCUCGGUUGAGAAAGGUGAUGGCAAAGGAGCGUCAGCCUCGUCGAUCGAGAACCCAGAUGUGACAACAUACGUGGAGGAGCCGAUGGCGGAGCCUGUUUCGGAGAAGGGAUCGCGGGCCUCCUCGAACGAGGUGGAUCGUAUGGUUCUAGACGCUAGCCCCGCGCCGCCGGAUCGCGAUGAACCUUCGGAAUGUGGUGGCGACGGCGAUGGCGCACUUCGUGCCGAGCUAAUGCGCCUCCAGGCUCAACUCGCCGCGCUCGAGGAUCGCUGUACCGACCUCGAGGCUGAGUGCGCCGUGCUCGACACGGAGGCGCACGAGAAAGGAGAGCUCGCGGAUCGCGGACAGGAGACGAAGCUGGAUCAGGAUCACGCCCAGGAAGUCGCAGAAGAUUUGAAGGCGGAGAAGCGGGCGCAUGCGGAAACGCAGGACUUACUCGAUCAGGCGGCACAAUCCCAAGAGGCACUCGACGACGACAUGGGUGAGAUGGCAAUGGCACUGCAGGAGCUCGGGAAUGAGAACAACGCUCUCGUCCGCGUCCUCGAAGGCGCCGUCGAGCGGGCUCGUCGAAUGGUUCCCGGUCAACCUGACGAUUCGUCCCUGGAGAAUCCGACAGGCGAGCAGAGUUCCCCGCGUUGGUGGUCGGGCCUCGUUUCUCGGUCCUUUGACAGCCUGCAGGACCACCUACGAGACGUCAAAGACGCGCUAGCGCAGCGGGCUCGGGAGAACGAGGACCUGCUGCGGAGGCUGCGCGAGGCGGAGGCUGCUUUUGACGACGAGCUUCGCGCGAAGGAGACGGCGAGGACGGACGCUGAAGAGUCGGCGGGACAUGCCAAAGAGAGCCUUUGGCGAAUGGAGACGGCGGAACGUGCACUGCAGCUCGAAAGCGUACGUCGCUUGGAAGCAGAAGCGGCGCUGCAGAAGGAGAGGGAGCGACGACUGCUGGCGGAGUCCAGCUUGGGCGACGUGAUUGCCGAGUCUGCCUCCCCCUUCAUUGUCCCCGCGUUGUUGGACGCUUUUCUGGACUUGACGCGGAUGACCUCACAGGCGAUGACCCAAGCCGGCGGAGGAUGAUACGUACGAAAUCCGAUUACCAUUUCGUCUUCACGUGCCUGUACUCGUGAAUACGUGCGUUACUCAUACUAGC